GCAAGGUGCUGAAACCAAAGCGGAGAAUGUUUUUUUUUUCCUAGCAUAUUCUGUGGUCGACCUAAAUAGAGGUUUAGAGGAAGGAAGCAAUGGAGACAGAAAGUAAGAUAUGAGCCGUUUUACUUUUUAUUCUGCCUCACAGGCCCUGUAUCGCUAACUAUGGGAAUGAUCUUUUCUUUGAAAGCAGCUGUAUCAGCAUAUUGAUUGCCCGCUUUGCCAUCCGAAGGGUAUGAUGGAGGGUCUGCCUGCGGCUGGCCGCACCUCGUCCACUCGCACUCCUCGCGCAUGCAGGAAGCAAAAACGAAAUAGCCAGCCAUAAGGCAGAAGUGAAUCAAAGCCAGCAGCCAAUCAGGAAAUCCCAUGAAGACACUCGACCACAGGGGAAGCAAGCAGGGGAACAAAAGACCAUAGGAGGCAGUGAAACACACAUCUUCUGUGAUGAAUGGCUUUUUUUCCAUGCUGAAGGGAGAUGAAAGCAGAUGAGUAUGGGCUGCAGUGGAGGCGUAGGAGCCAGAGUUACCAUUCGCGUCGAGUGACAUCACUGGAGUUUCCCAGAGACCAGCUCAGUGCAUAAAUAUCUGGAGGGGGACCCACGGAGCUCAUGGCCACGGUCAGUCACCUCAGCUACGCAGCUCAAUUGGCCCUCAGCGACAAGAGCUUUAGUAUCAUACCAUGCAGUCCAACCGCAAGUUUGUCUUGGAUAUGGAGCCCGGGGCUCAGGAGCCCCCUCAGGUGGUGCCGCUGCAGAAAAAGGGGGCCUCCUGGAGGCUGGGUGGCCUGGCAGCCAUUGCGACCCUGUGCAUCGCCGGCGCUGUGCUCUUCACCAUGCAUGGGCAGGUGUCACAUGAAGGAGACCAAGACGAAGAUCUGCGACACACGCUGAGGCAAAUUUCCCUAAAGGCCAAAGCUGCGAUUCAUUUAGAAGGUGAAUACAACUCCAAGUUAUCCAACGAUUCGGCAGUGUGGCAUUCCGAGGUGGGCCAGGCAUUCGCCCAGGGUGGGUUAAAGCUGGAAGACAACAACAUCACGGUCUCCCAGAGUGGACUGUACUUCGUCUACAGCCAGGCGUCCUUCAGGAUCAACUGCCACAAAGCGAGUAGGGACAGCCACGAGCAGUUCCUGCACCUGAGCCACACUGUGAUGCGCUGGUCCGAGUCAUACGGCGGCGUCUGGAAACCGCUGCUCAGCUCUGUGCGCUCGGCGUGCAAGAAGGUGGAGACGGAGCAGGACACUGGCGAGCACUGGUUCAACAGCAUUUACCUGGGUGCCGUGUUCAGCCUCAACAGGGGUGACAAGCUGCACACGAUGAGUAACGAGAAGCUGCUGGAGCACCUGGAGGGAGAGGAUGGGAAGACCUUUUUUGGGGUCUUUGCGCUGUGAGACAUGGGGAUGUGGGCAGGGAUGUGGGCCCUGAGAUAAGCGGACAUACAGGUGUGCGUAUGGACAGAAAGGUCCAUCGAAAACUAGGAACCGACCAAGAUACACAGCAAAGGUGAAAAGACAGCAGCCGAGGGGGAUCAACAGAAUCCCUCACUGGAGUUUUAUACUUACCAAUGUUGUUUUAUAUUAAAACACGAUUUCUUACCAUGAUACUAUACUCGUGUAUAAGUGAAAUAUCAUUGCAGUUUAUGGUCGUGCAGAUUAUGUUUAUUACUAUCACUGACUACUUCUGCGAUGCACUAAAGCCUCGUGUUCGUACUGUUCCAUGAUCACCGUAUUUGAAUGUGAAAUAUUAUAACUAAGCAAAAAAAAAUUGCACAUCACCAGGAGUUACAAAAGUGCCAUAGAGCUAACAACAUAAAUUUAUUUCAGUGUUUUUUUAAUAAUUAUUAUUAUUUUCGAACAUUGUUCGGUGUUGUUGAAUGUAUAUUUAUUGAUGACUGGAUCAAUUUAUGUAUUUAUUUAUUUAUUUAUUUGAUGUGUCUAAUGACAAUGACUGAUUAGGAAUUUAUUUUUAUUUAUAUCUAUUGAGCAUUUUUUGCUUUCUGUUAUUUAUAUGUUGUUUUUUGGUUCUAUAAUGAUUUCUUCUGUAAAGUCUAAUAUUUAAUAAAAAAAGGUUCUCAGAAAUCUC